CAACAGAAACCAAUAAAAGUUCAGCUCACAUAAAGUAAGAUUGCAAUAAAAUAUAUAUAUAGCUACUCUAUAUAUGAAGCUAAUCAACUGCUGCGCACAAUAAAAUCGUCGAGCUAAGCUACUUUUUUCUUGAGUUUUUCCCUUUUCUGCGGCGGCUGUCGCUCACUUUUUUUCAUUGCCUGCCAUCAUCUUCCGCUUGUGUCCAUGUAUGCGUGAGUGUGUGCGUGAGUGAGCUUGUAAUUGCGUGUGUGUUUGCCGGCCAGUCAUAUAAAAAGGAUAAAAUAUUUGCGCAUUGAUUUUCGACCAACGCAAAUGUGACAGCAACAAAGUGGAUCAACGACAACAACAACUUUAACGACGACAACAAGUUUUGGACACCCAGCUUACUAGGGUUACAAGAGAGGGUCUAAGCCGAGUCUGAUUAAAGCGAUAAAGAAGUUCCUCGAGGAGCACGCACAUCUAGAAGCGCUUAAGGAGAAAGGCAACUCUAAGCAGCAGCAACAAAAACAAUAGCAUAAAUCUGUACACGUGUCGCAUACACAAUGCCAAGCAUGCGGCAAGGCAUUGCCAGCGACAACAACAACAACAACGACAGCAACAUCAGCAGCCGCAGCCGCAGAGACAACGGCAACAACAGGAACAGCAACAGCAAGUGAAUUGCGUUAUAAUUUCAUUAAGGACAAAAACCUUUUCAGUCAACGGCUAUAACGCGAAGGGCUAAGGCAGAAAAGGAAAAGAGCGCUAAAGUAGAAUAAAGUUGAGUAAAAGCGAAGCAAAGCAAAGCCGCAGGACCCAAGAGGCGGCACUAACAAAAGCAUUGCCUACUUACAGGCGCUGCCAAGCAAAAAUCAAGCGACUGGCAUUUUUAUGAAAUUAAUACAAAAGACACCAGAUAGAGACAGAGCAAGAGUGACAGAGCGAGCAAGCAAGGGAGCGGGGAGUGGGAGUGGGAGCGAGAGCGAGUCAGCAAUGACAGCAACGUAGACGUGGACACAAUGAUGAGCACUCGCACUCUGAUUAUAAUGGCGGCCCAACAACAGCAGCAGCAGCAACGGGCUAGCGGGAAACGCUUUUAUUGCCUGACACUCGAGUAGGCAACGUGAUUCUGCUGCCAAGUCGAGACGACAGAGACUGAGUAGCUAAAGCUGAAGCUGUAGCUGUAGCUGUAGCCGUAGCGAGAUCAACGUUAUAUUCUAGCGACUGUGCUUGGAUGUCGCUAAUGAUAUUUGCGUGACGCGGAAGAGGAACUCUAAAAACGUCACCUUCAUUUACUAAUUUGACAUGCAAACGUGACCAAGUGUCGCACAAGCUUAAAAAUUAAAAAAAAAAACAAGCGAAACGCUUAGACAAAGCCAAUAACAAGAAACUGUAGAGCAAAAUGCAAUUACUAUUAGCCCAACUGCUGUUGCUGCUGCUGCUGCUGCAGCUGCAGUGCAGCGUCGCCUGUCCGCCGGAUGUGUGCGUCUGCAAGUGGAAGGGCGGCAAGCAGACAGUCGAGUGCGGCGGGCAGCAGCUGUCGAGCCUGCCCGAAGGCAUGGACCCGGGCACACAGGUGCUCAACUUCAGCGGCAAUGGCCUGCAGGUGCUGCAGAGCGAGCGCUUUCUGCGCAUGGAUCUGCUCAACUUGCAAAAGAUCUAUUUGUCGCGCAAUCAGCUGAUACGCAUACACGAGAAGGCCUUUCGCGGCCUGACCAACCUGGUGGAGCUGGACCUCAGCGAGAACGCGCUGCAGCAUGUGCCCAGCGAAACGUUUCAGGAUUACAGCUCCCUGAUGCGCCUGUCGCUCAGCGGCAAUCCCAUACGCGAACUGAAGACGUCGGCGUUCAGGCAUUUGUCUUUCUUAACCACACUGGAGUUGUCCAACUGCCAGGUGGAACGCAUCGAGAACGAGGCCUUCGUGGGCAUGGACAAUCUGGAGUGGCUGCGCCUAGACGGCAAUCGCAUUGCCUUCAUUCAGGGCGGACACAUUCUGCCGAAGUCAUUGCAUGGCAUUAGCCUGCACAGCAAUCGCUGGAACUGUGACUGCCGCCUGCUGGAUGUCUACGGCUGGCUGGUGAGCCACAAUACGCCACUGGCCGAGGAGCCCAAGUGCAUGGAGCCGGCACGUCUGAAGGGCCAGGUCAUCAAGUCGCUGCAGCGGCCGCAGCUCGCCUGCCUGCCCGAGGUGAGUCCGCAGUCGAGCUACACGGAGGUGAGCGAGGGUCGCAACAUGUCCAUCACCUGCCUGGUGCGCGCCAUACCCGAGCCGAAGGUGCUCUGGCUGUUCAAUGGCCAGGUGAUGAGCAACGAUAGCCUGCUGGACAAUCUGCAUAUGUACUACUAUAUUGACGAGAGCGGCGGCAGCGGUGCCGAGGAGAAGCGCAGCGAGAUCUUCAUUUACAAUGUGGGCGCCGAGGACAAUGGCACCUUCUCGUGCGUGGGCCAGAAUAUAGCUGGCACCACGUUCAGCAACUAUACGCUGCGCGUGAUCAUUAAGGAGCCGCCGGUGGUGAACGAGGUGUCCUUUCCGCGCGACUACAUGAACUACAUUGUGGCCAGCAGCGCUGGCGGCGGCAUCAUCUUUGUCGUGCUGCUCUGCACGAUUGUGGUCAAGUGCAAGCGCGGCGCGGAGCCGGCCAAGCGCAAGAAAUGCGAUCAAGUCACCAGCAUUGCGGGCGCCACCGAUUCGACCAACGGCAGCAGCCAGGACACGGGCAUGAUGAAGUGCGCCUCGAUACUCAACGACGGCGACAGCUUGAAUGGCGGCGCUGGCCUGAUGCUCGGCGAUAAUCUGACACCCACCAAGGCCAGCAAUGGCAAUGCCGGCGGUCCGGGCAGCAUUGGCGUUGGCAGCGCCGGCGGACUCAUUCUUGGCGGUCAGAUGAAACAGAAUCUGUUGCUCUAUGCCACGCCCAACACACAUUCGCACCAACAACAAUUGCAGCUGAAUGUUAAUAUGAUGAAUGCCGCAGCAGCUGCAGCGGCUGCUGGCUCGCCACCGCUGCUGUUGAGCAAUGGACUGGCAGCCGCCUACUGCUCGCCGCCAGCAUCGCUGCGCAAUUACCCGGAGAAGAAUCCCGAUUUGGUCAACGAUGCGGAAAGUGUUAAGCACAAGCUGAAGACAGCCGUCUCUCUGGACGGCGCAGCCGACUAUGAAACGGCCAGCGAUUGUGGACAGUACGAGGGCUGUUAUCAGCUGACUGCGGCCUCGCCCCAUGCGCAUGCCAUGCUGGGCAUGGGCUCACGUUUUGCUGCCGCCAUGACAACACUGCCGCGUGGCAUGCAACUGAAAUCGGUGUUGAGUUCGGCGUCGGCAGCGGCGGCGGCCACAUCGCCGCAUCAGGUGGAUGUGCAUUUGAAUCCGGUUUGCUUUUUGGGCCAGGACGGCUAUGCGUAUGACUAUAGCAGUGCGCAUCUGGUGCAACAGGUGGCAGCAGCGCCGCAGCACCAGCAACAGCAGCAGCAGCAGCAGCAACUGCAGCAACCGCAGCAGAACUUCUACCGCACGCUGCCACACAAUCGCGCCCACAAGCAGCAGCAGCAGCAACAAUUUGCGGCUGCGGCAGCCGCACAAAAUGCCAGCCUUCGCUACAGCUUGGAGGCGGAGUUUGUGCAGCGUGCGCCCGCCGUCGCCUACGAGAAGUAUCAGCUGCCGAAUGUACGCUUCACCGCCGAGGGCUAUCCACAGCAACAGUUGCAGCUGCAGCAGCAAUUCCCCUCGCCACCCGAGGGCUACAAGAGCAGCGAUCUACCGUUGCCAGCCUUUCAGCAGUGGCCAAGCUGUCUGCCCGGCUAUCAUGCGCAGCCGCUGCGCUACGGCCUCAGUCAGCCGCCGCCACCGCCGCAGCCAGCGUUGGCAGCACCAGCAGCAGCAGCGGCAGCAGCAACAGCAACAGCAACGCCCGCACCCACGCUGGAGAGCAGCGCGGUCAAUGGCAGCGCCACCAUACCCGAGCUGGACGAGACUGAGACGUCGCCCAGCGGCUCGAAUGCAGCCAUGGCCGAGACCGAAGCUGCUGCCAGCAGCAGCAACGACUCAGCUGAUGCAACGAAGCUAAAGCAGUUGAAUGGACCGUUGGCGGACAGCCCGGAUGAGGGCUAUGUGGGUGAAGCGCAGGAGACGAGCGACAUUUGACAACGCAGCGCUGCUGCCGGCCAGGAUGCUGCCUUAGAUGAUUCAGUGGCUCUGUAAACACACACACAUAGACGACCACACACCCACACAAACAGACACACAUACUCGCACAUAAAUAGAAUUAGUCUUGUGUUCGUAUACGUGUAUCCGUGUCCUUUGUUGCCCACAGCAAGCAAGCAAACAGCCUAGUCGCCGAGUCAAACAAAAGACCCAAUCUGAGUCGUAUACUGAAAGCAAAAAAAAAAAAUAAAACAAACACGAACAACAAUUUAGCAAACCGAAUUAAAUAUGCCCUUGCUGAGACAAGAGUUGCAAAAAAUAGAAAAUAGUUCUGCCAGCUAGCA